GGCGAGACCUUCCACACACAGCGGGACUCGCUUCCUCUCUCUUCCCUGUUGUCUUUGGCUGAGCAGAACUGAGCGACCGGCCACGGUGCUACGUAAGUGGCUCAUCUCUAUAUCCGUCAAAGAGAGAGGCCUCGGCGGAUAGAUUGAUUGGACAUACCAGCCGUCUGACAACUGGACGUAAAAUACAGCGCGGAUUGGGCUUAUUGAGUCUGCGCUAACAGAAAAAGAGGAGGUUCCCGAAUAGAGUCCUUUAUUUAUUUCUUUGUUUCCAGUGGGGAAAAAUAAUAACAGCGACAUAUACCACAGGCACUUCAUUUUUUAUCUUUGUCCGGAUACACAAGAAAACUGGAUAAGAUUACAGUGGUUACUCGAAGGCCAAAGCCAAGGGGAGGAGGAUGAAGCGGCGCAAUGCGGACUGCAGCAAACUCCGACGGCCGUUAAAACGGAACCGAAUCACUGAGGGUAUAUACGGCAGUACCUUCCUGUACCUGAAGUUUCUGGUGGUGUGGGCUCUGGUACUGCUGGCAGACUUUGUACUGGAGUUCAGGUUUGAGUACCUCUGGCCAUUCUGGCUCUUCAUCCGGAGUGUGUACGACUCCUUUAGAUACCAGGGGCUGGCCUUCUCAGUAUUCUUUGUGUGUGUUGCGUUUACCUCGGACAUCAUUUGCCUCCUCUUCAUCCCAGUGCAAUGGCUAUUCUUCGCUGCAAGUACCUAUGUGUGGGUGCAGUAUGUUUGGCACACAGAGAGAGGCGUCUGUCUGCCCACCGUGUCUCUAUGGAUACUCUUUGUGUACAUAGAGGCAGCCAUCAGAUUCAAAGACCUAAAGAACUUCCACGUGGACUUGUGUCGUCCUUUUGCUGCACACUGCAUUGGCUACCCAGUGGUCACGCUGGGUUUCGGCUUCAAGAGCUAUGUAAGCUAUAAGAUGCGCCUCCGGAAGCAGAAGGAGGUGCAGAAGGAAAAUGAGUUUUACAUGCAGCUCUUGCAGCAGGCUUUGCCUCCAGAGCAACAGAUGCUUCAGAGGCAAGAGCGAGAAGCAGAAGAAGCAGCAGCAGCAGCAGCUGCUAAAGGAAUAUCUGAAGUGGACACAGCUCCUGUGUCACAGAAUGGCGCCCCAGCCAAUAAAAAGACAUCGGCACCACUGCCGGAGUUGGAGUAUAGAGAAAAAGGGAAAGAGGGAAGGGGUGGCGGGGAGGCUAAAAAGCAGCACAACAGCAACAGCAUCCUGCCAUCAUCAGUGGACUCUAAACUCCAGGAGAUGGAGUAUAUGGAGAACCAUAUGAACAACAAGAGACUGACCACAGAGCUGGGCAGCACAGAGAACCUGUUGCUCAAAGAGGACAACAAUUCCUCCUGCUCCUCCUCAUCCUCCUCCUCGUCCAAAAACUACAAAAAUGCUAGCAGCAAUGCCAUAACGCUCAACUCCUCGCCCCGCAGCCAUAGUGCUACCAACGGCAGCGUGCCCUCCUCUGCACCAUCGUCCUCCUCUUCCACGGGGAAGAAUGAGAAGAAGCACAAGUUGGCAGUUGGGAAGGGGACAUCAGGUGGCUCCCACAGGGAUCCCACAGACAACUGUAUCCCCAACAACCAGCUGAGCAAGCCAGAAGCACUUGUUAGAUUGGAGCAGGAUGUUAAGAAGUUGAAGGCAGACCUGCAGGCCAGCCGGCAGGUUGAGCAGGACCUGCGCAGCCAGAUUGGCUCGCUGGGCAGCGCUGAACGCUCCAUACGCACUGAGCUUGGCCAACUGCGCCAGGAGAACGAGCUGCUGCAAAACAAGCUCCAUAAUGCUGUGCAGGCAAAGCAAAAGGACAAACAGGCAGUGGGCCAACUGGAGAAGAGGCUCAAAGCAGAGCAGGAGGCUCGAGCCACCGCCGAGAAACAGCUCACAGAUGAAAAGAAGCGAAAGAAGUUAGAGGAGGCCACGGCAGCCAGAGCAGUAGCACUAGCAGCAGCUUCCAGAGGGGAGUGCACAGACACGCUGCGGCGGCGGAUCACUGAAUUAGAAACAGAGUGUAAGAAACUAACAAUGGACAUCAAGCUAAAGGAGGACCAGAUCAGAGAGCUUGAACUGAAAGUUCAGGAGCUUCAUAAAUAUAAGGAAAAUGAAAAAGACACAGAGGUGCUGAUGUCAGCGCUGUCAGCCAUGCAGGACAAGACCCAGCACCUGGAGAACAGCCUGAGUGCAGAGACCCGGAUCAAACUGGACCUCUUCUCUGCAUUGGGAGACGCCAAGAGACAGCUGGAGAUUGCACAAGGUCAGAUCCUGCAGAAGGACCAGGAGAUAAAAGAUCUGAAGCAGAAGAUAGCCGAAGUGAUGGCCGUCAUGCCCAGCAUCUCGUACACAGCCGACACCAGCAGCAUGACUCCUGUGGCCCCACACUACUCUUCCAAGUUCAUGGACACCAAUCCCUCCGGCCUAGAUCCCAACGCCUCUGUUUACCAGCCACUCAAAAAGUGAACGCUUUGCCCUCCCUCCCGCCAUCCUUCCAUCAUUUUUAUUUUUCCUGCAGGCCCGCCCACUUUCCAAUCUGCUCGGCAUGUCUGCGGCUGAGAACGUUGUUUUCUUGGGUUUUUAUUUUUCUCCUCGCCAGGUCAGAAGGAUGUUGUAUUGUGUGACUGUAUUUGUUGUAGUUAAAACAAAAGACAAAAAAAACUUAAAACGGACAUCACAUGUCAACUAGGACGUCCCUUUUUUUUUUUUCUCUUAAGUGUCUAGUGAAACCUCACAGAAUCGGGUAUGUAUUUCAAGGGUGAUGCUCUCCCUUUCCCACCGCCACUGCAACCACCUGCAACCAGUUACCUGCUCUUUGCUCCUGGGGAAUAGCUGCUUUUUUAUUUUAGGUUGAUUAUUUUUUUAUUUAUUUAUUUUUUCCCCCUCCUAAAAAUUGGAAAACGUUCUCCUUCAUUAGUCAUUCAGCCUGACUUGUAUCCCAAUUUCUUUGACAGAUUGUUUUCUCCCAAGGUAGUAUGGCAACAUCUGUACAACCAGAGGAAUGUAGUGCAAAGUUGGCACAGACUCUCGCCCUUGUCAUGUUUAAUUUAUUUUUUAAGACACCAAAUCAACCCUGCUCUUAGCUGCUUUGGGGUUUGGUGGUAAUUUUGUUUUUAAAGUGUAUUGUGUGGUUCUAUUUGUUCACUCUUUAAGGUCCAAGUAUUGAUUUCAACAGGCUAGAAGUGUUAAUUGCAACAAGUUGGGAGAAAGGAAAAUUUAUAUAUACAUAUAAAAAGCAAGCAGCUCCUAAUGUUCAGCAUCAGUGAAAAAAACAGCAGUUUGGUUUUCCCAGCUGUAUUUUCUGAAAGAGUUUUUGAGUUGAAGACAGAGUGCACUAAGAGAAGUCUGUAUACAUGUGUAUCGGCUUCUCAGUACUCUACAUGGUCUUUCAUCAGUUGUAAUGAUCACAGUGCCUUGAGUUGAGGACGUAGAGUGAGUUUGAUAAUGUGAUACGGCCCAACCCUUCUGAAUUAGUGGUGAAGCAUCUGGCUAAGCUGGAAAGGAUAAGAAUUUGACCUCGCCAAGUGAAGUGGGACAAAGUUGCCUUCGGACGCUGAUUUGGUUUUUUAGACUCUACUGAUUUCCCAACUGGUAGGGAAGCUGAGCCAACGUGUCCACUCAAGGGCAGCUUGGUCCCUUAAGUCACAUUUAACAGAGACAUGAGACAGCACCAAAUCCAAGACUUUAAAAUGUACUCCUAUUUGGCUGUUGUCAGUUUGUUGACAUGAUGUUAGCCACCACAGAGUCUACUGCACACAGGUCUCAUGUCCACUCACAGAAGCUCAUCUCUGCUGCUGUUAAACCCCAAAUCCCUCGGUUUAGCUGCUGCCCACUUGUUUCUUUUUGAUUUCCAGUUUAAAGUUGCACUGUAGAAAACAAAUUCUGUUUUGAAAGGGAAAACUGUAAAGAUAGACCGUGCAAUGUAAACAAAGCUUUGGGAAUGCCAACUUUGAUAUAGCAGUGAAAAGAUUUUAUUUAAUUAAUCCUCCAUUUCAGUUCGUGUGCCAAGACUGGAAUGCUUGUUUCUCUAGUAGUGUGUUCAAGAAUGUACUGCAAAUACAUUGGCUGACAUGUUUGUCAAAUAUCCAGUUGAAUAUCACUUAAUGGACAUUUCUGUUAAGCAGGUAGAGAAAGUGGUCACCUGUUUGUAGUAGACUGUAGUUAAAAGUAAGGGACUAGAAAGUCAAGUUUCUUUUUGUGAAUGUUACAGUAUUUGCAACUGUUGGGCAGGUGUAAAGCAGUUUUCUUUACUCCUGUUUCUGCUAUUAUUGUUAUUUUCCUGCAGGAAGAAAAUCGAUUGAGUCUGAUGUGGUUUCACCAUCAUCUGAAAUGGUCAUUGUUGUGCGUGUGGUUUUCCCCUACUGUAAAUGGAGAAGCUUUUUUUGCUCAGAUUGCUGUCAUUGGCUCCCGGGAGAGAAAAAAAAAUGUUGUGAAAAUUACAGUUUAGUCAGUUGUUUGGUCAACUGAUUGUUGGAAGUAUAGAGAAGUGUUUUUGUUUGUUUUUUGUUUUCUAUGCCAACAGUCACUGCUCUGUUUCUCCCCAGGUCCGACCUUGGCUGUGCUCUCGCUCUGUGAGGUUUACAAGGAAUAAACAUUUUUUUCUUGCAAAUUGA